UUGAGCAGUCAACUUUUAGCGUUGUACCUUGGGGAACUGCUCCACAGAUCGUAUAGAGCCCAGUUUGGCCACUUGAUUGAAUUAAUACCUUCAACACAUUCAAGAUGAUGAACAGCCUGAAGAAACUGCCUGUGCGCAUGCUGGUAAAUGCCGCUGCACGUCAGCAAAAUGCUGCGAUGUCCUCGACCACAGGUCUUCCCCCACCACUCACCUUCCUCACCGACGACGAGAAGAUGAUGAAGGAGACUGUUGCCAAAUUGGCCCAGGAUCAGAUCCAGCCUCUGGUCAAGAAAAUGGACUUUGAGCACAAGUUUGAUCCCUCUGUGGUUAAGGCCGUCUUCGAAAAUGGUCUCAUGGGCAUUGAGAUCGAUACCGAGCUUGGCGGCAGUGGCUGCAACUUCAUGACCAACAUCAUCGUUGUGGAGGAGUUGUCCAAGAUCGAUCCCGCCGUGGCUGCCUUUGUGGACAUUCACAACACUCUGGUCAACUCCCUGAUGAUCAAGUUCGGCAAUGACGCCCAGAAGGCCAAGUACCUGCCGAAAUUGGCCCAGGAGUAUGCCGGCAGCUUUGCUCUGACCGAGCCCGGAGCAGGAUCCGAUGCCUUCUCCCUGAAGACUGUGGCCAAGAAGGACGGCAAGGACUAUGUGAUCAAUGGCACCAAGAUGUGGAUCUCCAACUCGGAUGUGGCUGGAGUUUUCCUGGUCUUUGCCAACGCCAAGCCUGAAGAUGGCUACCGUGGCAUUACCACCUUCAUUGUGGACCGCGAUACUCCUGGACUGAUUGUGAACAAGCCUGAGGACAAGCUGGGCAUCCGCGCUUCCGGCACCUGCAUGAUCACCUUCGACAAUGUCCGCGUGCCCGAGGAGAACAUCCUGGGAACCUUCGGCCAUGGCUACAAGUACGCCGCCGGUUUCCUGAACGAGGGCCGUAUCGGUAUUGCUGCCCAGAUGGUGGGCCUGGCUCAGGGCACCUUCGAUGCCACCAUUCCCUACCUGCUGGAGCGCAAGCAGUUCGGCGAAGCCAUCUACAACUUCCAGUCGAUGCAGCACCAGAUCGCCACCGUGGCCACCGAAAUCGAAGCCGCCCGCCUUAUGACCUACAAUGCCGCCCGUCUGCAGGAGCAGGGUGUGCCCUUCCUGAAGGAGGCCGCCAUGGCCAAGUACUACGCCUCCGAGGUUGCCCAGAGGGCGGCCAUCAAGUGCGUGGACUGGAUGGGCGGUGUUGGCUUCACCCGCGACUUCCCCCAGGAGAAGUACUACCGUGACGUCAAGAUCGGAGCCAUCUACGAGGGCACCACCAACAUGCAACUGAGCACCAUUGCCAAGUGCAUCAAGAAGGAUUACUCUGGCUAGGAUCGUAACCCAAAUCCUUUGUCAUCUAAUCCUAUACACAAGCUGAGAUAUCGUACGUCAGAUACGUCAAGUGCAUUUAUGUGUGAGAACUGCAGGAACAUUUCUUCGGUAAUCUGAUUUCAGUUCUCUCCAUGUUACCUUAGCAUUUAGCACAUAGUCUUUUUGUUAUAUUGUAUCAAAUACAAUUAAAUUUACAUUUUAAUAUAAUUG